ACCCCGAUGUACACGUCUGGGGAUGCCCUGAGCAACGUGGGAGCCACAGAGAAGGUCUUGGAGUACCUUCGCCGGGAGCCGUCCGUCUGCACAGGAGGGACGCUGUCUCCAGAAUCCCUCCACGGACACGCCUGCUUCCGAAACGUUUCCUCCCGCUAUCCCUCUUGCCCCAACAUCCAGGCCUUGAAGAAAGUCUCCUUUGAGCUGCGCCCUGGAGAAGCGAUGGCACUGGUGGGCCUGAACGGCAGCGGGAAGAGCAGCUGUGUCACCCUCCUGGAGCGCUUCUAUGAGCCCCAGUCUGGGGAGGUCCUGCUGGACGGAGUCCCGGUCAGGGAUUAUGGGCACAAGCAUUUCCACAGGCAGAGGCCUCCUGUGGUGCUGGUGGGCCAGGAGCCCGUCCUCUUCUCUGGCUCUUUCUGGGAGAAUCUCACCUACAGCCUGCAAGGCUGCAGUGAGGAAGACAUGAGCAGAGCAGCAAAAGAAGCCGAUGCCUUGGGAUUCAUCUGUGAGCUGGAAGGAGGCUUCGCUGCAG